AUGAGCCAGGCCUACUCUUCCAGCCAGCGCGUGUCCUCCUCGUACCGCCGCACCUUCGGCGGUGCGCCCUCCUUCCCGCUCGGCUCCCCGCUGAGCUCGCCCGUGUUCCCGCGCGCGGGCUUUGGCUCCAAGGGCUCCUCGAGCUCCAUGACGUCGCGCGUCUACCAGGUGUCGCGCACCUCGGGCGGCGCCGGGGGGCUGGGGGCGCUGCGGGCCAGCCGGGUGGGCGCCAGCCGCGUGCCCACCUCGUACGGCGCGGGCGAGCUGCUGGACUUCUCGCUGGCCGAUGCCGUCAACCAAGAGUUCCUGACCACGCGCACCAACGAGAAGGUGGAGCUGCAGGAGCUCAAUGACCGCUUCGCCAACUACAUCGAGAAGGUGCGCUUCCUGGAGCAACAGAACGCGGCGCUCGCGGCCGAGGUGAACCGGCUCAAGGGCCGUGAGCCCACGCGCGUGGCCGAGCUCUACGAGGAGGAGCUGCGCGAGCUGCGGCGCCAGGUGGAGGUGCUCACCAACCAGCGCGCGCGAGUUGACGUCGAACGUGACAACCUCCUCGAUGACCUGCAGCGGCUCAAGGCCAAGCUGCAGGAGGAGAUCCAGCUGAAAGAAGAAGCAGAGAACAAUUUGGCUGCCUUCCGAGCGGACGUGGAUGCAGCCACUCUAGCUCGCAUUGACCUGGAGCGCAGAAUUGAGUCUCUCAACGAGGAGAUAGCGUUCCUCAAGAAGGUCCACGAAGAGGAGAUCCGCGAGCUACAGGCCCAGCUUCAGGAGCAGCAGGUCCAGGUGGAAAUGGACAUGUCCAAGCCAGACCUCACUGCUGCCCUCAGAGACAUCCGGGCUCAGUAUGAGACCAUCGCAGCCAAGAACAUCUCUGAAGCUGAAGAAUGGUACAAGUCAAAGGUGUCUGACCUGACCCAGGCGGCCAACAAGAACAAUGACGCACUGCGCCAGGCCAAGCAGGAGAUGAUGGAGUACCGACACCAGAUCCAGUCCUAUACCUGUGAGAUUGACGCCCUCAAGGGCACUAACGAUUCCCUGAUGAGACAGAUGCGUGAGUUGGAGGACCGCUUUGCCAGCGAGGCCAGUGGCUAUCAGGACAACAUCGCGCGGCUGGAGGAGGAGAUCCGACACCUUAAGGAUGAGAUGGCCCGCCACCUGCGCGAGUACCAGGACCUGCUAAAUGUCAAGAUGGCUCUAGAUGUGGAGAUUGCCACCUACCGGAAGCUGCUGGAGGGUGAAGAGAGCCGAAUCAACCUCCCUAUCCAGACCUUCUCUGCCCUGAACUUCCGAGAAACAAGCCCUGAGCAAAGAGGCUCUGAGGUCCACACCAAGAAGACAGUGAUGAUCAAGACCAUCGAGACCCGGGACGGGGAGGUCGUCAGUGAGGCCACACAGCAGCAACAUGAGGUGCUCUAAAGCCAGAGACCC